AUGGAAUAAACAAAGUUUUAAAAAUUUCACAAUUGUACUUAACAUUCAAAAAGGAAAUUAAAAUUUAUUCAAGUAAAUCAAGUCAAUAGCGGUGCUGAAUAAAAUCUGUUCUACUGCACAGAUUGUAUCAACGAAGAUUUAAACUUUUAAGCAAAAAAUUACAUUCUAAUUGAAUAAAUUAUUUAAUAGAGUGAAAAUAGCAUCAUCUAAAAGUGGCCACCUGUUAAUGACUACUCAGUAAUCGAAAAACUGAUUAAGGAAACUUCUAAGUUUGAUUAAUCUUAGCAUAUUAUUUAAAGAGUUACUAAUUAUUUCACAGAACUCAAGGACGAAAUUAUCAGAAAAAUUGACUUUUGUUAAAAAAAAAUGAUUAAUCAAAUUCAAGAUUUACCAUUUGGAAAAAGCUAGAUAAUCAACCAAUAUCAAUAGAUAUCACAAAUUUUAUAGCUUAGAUCAUUGAUAAAUUAGUACAAAGAAGAUAAAACAUUUUAAUAGUAAUCAAAAUAAGAAAAGUUAAAAAAAUUUAUUAAAGAAGUAGAAUUAAAAAAAGAUUAAAAUACUAAGCAAUUACAAUAAUUGCUUGAUUAGAGUGUUAAAUAGCAAUAUUUAAUUAAUUUUGAGUUGCCUAAUAUGAUUAAAGAAUAAAUCUUCUCUUUUAUAGAUAAAAUUAAUUUCUUCAAUCACGGUAUUUUAAAUAGUUCAAAUAAUGAUCAUGCUGAUAAUCAGAGUGAAUCAACUCAUUUUUGCACAAAAAUAAUGAAAUUGAUUUCUAACAAAUCUAAUUUUUGCUCAAAUGAAUUUUUGAAUUAAGUUAGGCAAAAAUUAAAAAAUCUAAAUGCUUUAAUAGAAGAUAUUCCUACAUAAAACAUGUUUAUUUAAGGGAAAAAGCCAAUAGAAUUCGAACUGCUAACAGAUGAAAAAAUGAAUUAAAUUAAUGAAUUUGUUUAACAUUAAAUUUAGCUGCAAAGCAAUAGCAAUUAUCAAAGAGAGAUCUAAUAAUCUAAAGUUAUCAAAGAUAUUCAAAAAAUUAUGGAGAACAAACUAAAUUUCAUUAAUUAAACUUCAUAAAAAGCAAUAAUAAAUCAUUUGACAGAUACUUAUCCAUGUUUAAAGAAAGACGAAAAUACUUAAAUAAUUUAAGAAUUAGAAAAAUUUGAGUUAUUUAAUUAAAUAGAUGAAGAGAUGAUUGAUGAUCUCUUCUCCUUAAUUAAAAAAAAACAAGAGAUCAGAAAUUCUAUGAACACUAGUCAUACAUAUAUAAUUUAAAAUAUAAAAGAACUUAAAUAAUUUAAAAAGUAAAAUCUAGAUAGAAUUUUUAGAUAAUUUCCUAUUUUUGAUUUAAUUCCUAUAAAUUAAAUAAGCAUCUUAAAUGAUUUAUAAUUUUUAAAAGGUGCUUAUAAUGAUGGCGAUUAAAGGAUUUAGAUUUUUUAAAAUAAUUUAAAUUAGUAUGAAAUAUCUAUAAAUGAAAAACUAUAUACAGGACAAUAUAGAGAAUAUUAUGCUAACUGCAUGUCAAAUAUGAUUUUAGAAAAAGAUAAAAAAUAUAUCUUUAGGUUAUAAUUUAAAUCUAUAGAUAAAAAACAAAGGUAUUUUCAUAUUGGAAUUAUGGAGUAAAAAAAUUUAAAUACUUAAGAAGGAUGCGAUGAUAAUAUAUUUGUGUAAUAUUAAUGUCAAAAUAAAUAAAUAAAACUUAAUUGUGCUGGAUUUAACAACUAUUUAAAGGGGGAAAACUUGGAACAAAAUGAAACUACAAUAAUAGAAUUAAGAGUUUGGUUAAAUGGAAAAAUACUAUAAGUAACAGAUUACCCAUAAAAUAAUUACAUAGUUUCUUUCAAUAAUUAAGAAUUAUAAAAUCUUUAAAGUUUAGAAAAACCAUCAUUUUUUGUACAAUUAAAAUAAUAGUAAAAAUUAUAUAUUAUAACAGAGGCUUUAAUAGUUGAGAAUUUUGAUGAUUGA